AUGUUAAAUGAUGAUAUAAGUACAUAUAAACAUAAUUGUCAAUUUAUAGAAAAUGAUAUACUUUUAUAUUGUAAACAGUGUAAGAUUUUAUUAUGCGAAAAAUGCAUAAUAGAUCACCCUCAUCACAAGCUUAGUUUAUUACCUACCAUAACACAUAUUGAAGCUCCAAUUCCACCUACAGAAACUAAAUUCAAUUUUUUCAUAAAAAGAAAGCCAGCUCAAAAUUUAGAAGAGUUACAUAAAUUAAUGCAAAAUAUGGUUGAAACUAAAUCAAUUGAUAGUAGUAUUGAUCUCCCAUUAAAAGAUAGAGAAAACCAAUUUAAAGAAAUCGAAAAUUAUUUGAUUGAAAUGUUCAACUAUUUUAUUGCAAAUGAUAAAGAAAGAGUAAAUCACUACUUUUUACAAUGUUUAACUGGUUCUGGUAUUGGUAAAACAAGAUUUGGCAGAGAGUGUUGGAAUUUUUUAAAGAGUAAUCAAUGGAAGAGAAAUAAAGAAUUAGCAGAAACAAUGAAGAAUUUAAUGUAUAUAUUUAUUGACUUCAACGGUGGCGGUGAUGCAAUUUCAAUUGAAGAAGUAAAAGAAGAUACCUGUCAAGUGGCUCUCGCAAAAAGAUUAUUCAUCAGAGGAGUUUUAGGUUCAUCAUUGGCUGGAUCAAAUUUAAAUUUAUACACAGAAGAGAAACAUUUGUUUACUGUAAAAAAUGUUUUGCAUUAUAUUUCUAAGUUGUAUAGUCGUGACCAUGGUCAUGGAGGUAAAAACACUCUCUCUAUUCUUAUCCACUUGGAUGAAUUUCCCAUGGCACACGAAAUAGCUUGUACACAAAAUCAACAUUUUAUAAAGCAAAUGAUAGAAUUGUUGGGAUUUUAUAGAUGUAAAGGAACCGACCAAUCUGAUGCCUCCCUUAGUAAUGUUUUUAUAAUUCCAAUAUUAACUGGUACCACAACAAUUUUACAACACGAAAUUCAUCUCUCACAGUGGACUUAUAAAUCAAUUACUUUAACACCAUUAAGCUAUGAAUCUUGUAAAGAUAUAAUCAAACAUAGAUUUAAUAUACCAAUACUCCAGAAUAAACCAACGACCACAAUAUUAGAAGAUAAAUUAUUUAUCAUAUUUAUUAGAGAUCUUGGUGUAAUUCCAAGAUACCUUCAGUGGUUAUUGGAUUUAGAAUUAAUGAAAAACAUUGAAAAAGACGAUAUAGACAUUCCAUCUUUCAUCAGUGGUCUUGGAAUAGAGUUGGUUAAAAAAGUUCAAUCUGUUAAAAUAGUAGAUAAUAAAUUCUGGGAAACUAUUUUAUAUCUCUCUAUUUGCAGGAUACCAGUAAGUUGGAGCACCAUAGUAUGCGACAAAACCAUAGAAUAUUGGUCGUACACUGGCCACUUAUUCCUUCAAUAUGACGAAGCGGUUGAAGGAAAUGUCAUAUUUGUACCAAUUUUUGGUCUUUAUAAAAUUGCACAAAAAUUAAAAAUAUCACAUUUAGAAAAAUUAACAAAAUUCCCUUUAAUCGAUUAUACUAAAUCUACCCCAUUUGAAGAAAAUAUAGCAAUUCUUAUCCUCAACAAAAUCAACACCUUUGUCGAAAGUAGCAAUAAUACAAUUUCAAAAUUAGUCAAAUUUUUUCCAUUGGAUAAUGAUAUUAGUCAUGAGUUAGCAGUUAUUGAAGUAAAGAUACGUAAUGUUAUAUUAUAUCAACAUACCUCCAAAUGGUUAUAUAGAUCCAACGAUAAAUUAGAAAUCACAGAUCCACAAGAUGCAAUAAGAUUUGGCUUAACAAAAACAGAGGACAACAAGGAACAUAUUUAUUCGAAUAAUACCAAUUCAGUUAAUUUAUUAGGUUAUGGAAAAACAAGCUUCGAUAUAAGAAUUUGUUUUGAAUUGUCAAACUUAAGUGGUGGUAAAAAGCAUUUAAUGGUUGUUAUUUAUACUAAAUUUUCAAAUUGUGAUACCUAUCUUGGUAAAGAAGCUAUAAAAAACAUUUAUGAAAAUUGUGUCAAUUUAAAAAAUCAUUACAAAGAAGCAUAUAUUUUACCAAUAAUAAUCACAAAUUUCAAAGUAAAACAAUCUCAUGUUAAAGAUAAUAAAGGAAAGGUUAUCAUUUACCAUUCCAAGAACAUCCAUUUAUUUUUUGGAAAGUUAUGGCAUAGAGUAUCUUUUGGUGCACAUGAUACAAGUGAUUUUAUUUCACCAGAUUUAAACCUCUGCAAAGAAUUAGAAAACAUUUCUUUAUAA